AUGGAUCACUCUCUGUUUGGUUGUCUACGUAGCCCGCAUGCCCCGGCCCAGGGCCUGCACCCCGCUAUCACUCAAUCGGCGCUGACCCUGCACGGUCGGAGCGACCACGUCUCCUAUCUGGAUCUACCCAGCUCCUCACCUCCUUAUGGCUAUUCUGGAGGAGAAGACAACGGACUGUUUGGCAGUCCAGCCCACCGAGGCCACCUGCCACAGCAGCAGCACCCCCUUCACCCUCAGCACCCACCUGGUUGGCCCGUCCAGCAGAUGCCUUCACCUAAUGCCCGGCAUAGUGUCUGUCUGCCGCCGCUGGAGGCCACGGCCCCAGAACUGUGCUCGGGGGGCCCGAACCUGUGCAGCACCAACCCCAGUCUGGGCAGCAGUGACCCCACAGGGGUGUCAUGUGUGUCUGGAGAAUAUGGCCAGCAGAGUCUGUCUCCAGAGGACACAGACAGAAGGAGCAGCAAAGGCAAGAAUGAUAGCUCAGAGUCCCAAGACAGGAGCUAUAAGUCAGACAUGAACAGCAAGCCCAGGAAGGAGCGCACAGCCUUCACCAAAGAACAGAUCCGGGAACUGGAGUCAGAGUUUGCACACCACAACUAUUUGACCAGACUGAGACGCUACGAAAUAGCUGUCAACCUCGACCUCACGGAACGACAAGUGAAGGUGUGGUUCCAGAACAGGAGAAUGAAGUGGAAGCGUGUGAAGGGAGGGCAGCAGGGAGCAGUAGCUCGUGAGAAAGAACUGGUGAAUGUGAAAAAAGGGAUGUUACUGCCGUCUGAGUUUUCAGGAAUAGUCGGACUGCAGCGCUCACCGAGGCCGGCGGCCGAGGAGGACAGCCACGACAGUGACCAGAGCUCAGAGCAUCCUCACCUAUGA